GAGAGAGAGACAGAGAGAGAGGAGAGAGAGAGAGAGAGAGAGAGAGAGAGAGAGAGAGAGAGAGAGAAGUUUAAGAAGGAAAUUGAAACACAGAAGAUUUAACGUGCUACUGGUGUUGUAGCAUAAGAGAUACUGUACUGUCCCCCCUCUUCUCCUGUUCUGACGAGAGGCUGAGGUCAUGGUGACGGUGCCUGGAGCUGCCAUGGUACCUGGAUCCUUACUACCCUGCCUCUGCACCCUGCUCUGCCUGGAUCUGCUGCUCCUCCCUGGGACGGUCGAGCCGUCGGUGCCUCUGGAGGACUUCUACCCCUUUGGCCAGGACUGGGGGGAUUUCCAGACGAUCUCUCAGGAUGAUGGAGGCUCAGGUCUGGUGGAGAUCUCUGUGGCGUUCCCCUUCUUCGGUGACAGGCACUCGGGACUCUACGUAAACAACAACGGUCUGGUUUCGUUCCUCCGAGAGGUAUCUCAGUUCACACCAGUGGCCUUUCCCAUCGCCGGAGACCGGAGGGUUGUGGCGGCGUUCUGGGCUGACGUGGACAACAGGCGGGCGGGGCAGGUCUUCUACCGGGAGAGUAAAGACCCGUCUGUCCUCCUGAGGGCCACAGCUGACGUCAAACGAUACUUCUCUGGGUUCCCGGAAUUCACUGCGACGUGGAUCCUCAUCUCGACGUGGCACAAAGUCACCUUCUUUGGAGGGAGUGACAUCACACCGGUGAAUACGUUCCAAUUGGUGCUGAUCACCAACGGAGAGGUAUCCUUCACCAUCUUCCAGUAUCAUGGCAUCACCUGGACCACAGGCAUGCACGCCAGCAGUGGAGGAGACCUGGCAGGGCUAGGAGGCAUCGCUGCACAGGCAGGUUUUAACGCUGGCGACGGGAAACGUUACUUCAACAUCCCGGGGUCUCGUACUGAUGACAUGGUGGAUGUGGAGGGAACCACCAACGUAGGUCGCCCCGGGAGAUGGGUGUUCCGGAUCGACAAUGCACAGGUGGAGGUGGGUGGCUGCAACCACUCAGCGUCUGUGUGUCCACACCUUCGACCCUGUCUGAAUGGAGGUCUCUGUAUUGAUGACUGCAUCACCGGCAACCCUUCUUUCUCCUGCUCCUGUCUGGCUGGGUUCACCGGAAGGUGGUGCCAGAUAGAUGUAGAGGAGUGUUCGUCCUACCCCUGUCAGAACGGAGGUACCUGCUCAGACCAGGUUAACGGGUUCACCUGCCAGUGUCCACCUGGGUUUAGAGGGACAGUCUGCCAAACAGACAUCAACGAGUGUAAAGACAGACCCUGCCUCAACGGAGCGCUGUGUGUGCCAGGUGUCGACAGCUUCACCUGUGUGUGUGAGAGUGGCUACUCUGGGACUCUGUGUGAGACAGACAUGGACGAGUGUGAUUCCCAGCCCUGCCUGAAUGGAGGACAGUGUAAAGACCAGGUGAAUAGUUACAACUGCACCUGUCCUGUUGCCUUCACCGGGACACACUGUGAAACAGAGUUGGUGGUGGUCCAGGUGAAUUCAUCAUCGGCUCCUCAAACCGAAAAUCAAACAGUGUCUUGUAAAGGGGAGGGCUGUGAGAACCGUCCGACCUGUGAAUACCUCGGCCCUGGCAACCACAACUGUACCUGCAUCCAGGGUUUCUAUGGUGACAACUGUGAAGGAGAGUGUCUGUGCCAGAAUGGAGGGGUCUGUGUGGACGGGACCUGUGUCUGCACCUCCGGUUUCACCGGAAUCUACUGUCAGUUUGAGGUGACCCAGACCCCAUGCAGUAACAGCAGGCCAUGUCCUGACGGAGGACCCUGUCUGGAGUACGGAGGAACCUACCUGUGUACCUGUCAAACAGGUGUGGCAGACCUAGAUCACAAGGACUUCUAUCCGCCCUAUGUACAGCCUCGAUCGGUCUGUGAUUCGUCCCCAUGUCUGAACGGAGGUCAGUGCUAUGAGAGAGAUGGAGGCUACACCUGCGAGUGCAAGCAAGGAUACAGAGGGAAACACUGUGAGAAAGUCAGACUCAAUACCUGUGCCUCUGGCCCGUGUCGUAACGGAGGCUCCUGUAAAGAGGAGGCAGGGAGCUUUCUCUGUGUCUGUCCAUACAGGUUCACUGGCAAACACUGUGAAGUGGGGAGGCCAGACCCGUGCUCCUCCAGCCCCUGUCUGAAUGGAGGAACAUGUUUCCACUACAUCGGGAAGUACAAGUGUGAAUGUUCCGGAGCCUUCAGCGGGAGACACUGUGACAUCAGCAGGGGAUCAGCACACUCCACAGCAGAACUGGACUGUGGUCCCCCACUGCAGGUGAAGCAUGCAGAGCUCCAGUUCUCCUCUACGUCGCCAGGCUCCAUGGCGCUGUACGUGUGCAACCCAGGAUACACCCCCAUGCCCAGGGCCACCCAGAGCAUCUGUGGGGGGCAGGGGGCCUGGAGCCAACCCCCUGUCUGCCAGGAUAUGGAUGAGUGUCUGUCAGGGCCUUGUAAACACGGAGGAACAUGUGAGGACCAGCCAGGUUCCUACUACUGCCAUUGCCAACACGGCUUCAAAGGACAAGACUGUGAGAUAGAGCAGGACAGAUGUGAGUCCAGCCCCUGUUUGAAUGGCGGUGUGUGUCGGGGCUCCAGGAACAACUACCUGUGUGUGUGUAAAGAAGGGUUCUUGGGAGACCGCUGCCAGUCAUUGGAGAAUCCCUGUGUACUGCAGCCGUGUGGGAACAGAGGCCUCUGCCAGAGCGACAGGAAAGGGAACUACAGCUGUACUUGCAAAGUGGGUCACACAGGCAAGGACUGUGAGAGAGACCUGUUGCCUCCCUCUGGUCUGCAUGUACUACGGGUGGAGGAGGAUGAGGUGGAGCUGCGCUGGGACCUGCCGGACCCCUCCUCUCAGAGCCUGGUCAGUGGCUUCGCUGUGACCUACGCCCCUCUGGAUCUCCCGGGCCGUGGCAGUGGAACCAGGAAGACUGACUUCCUGGACAAGAAGCAGUCCACCUAUCAGCUGCAGGGCCUGGUGCCUGGCCUGCUGUACAACAUCUCUACGUUCUCAGUGAAACGAAACACCAACAGCAACGAUAUCAGCCAGCCAGCCAUUGCUCUCAUACGCACCAGGCCACGGCGGGUGGACCAGCUGCAGGUAGUCAACGUAUCGUCCUCCCAGGUGUGGCUGAGGUGGCUGGUUCAGGCUGCUCGUCAUGCUACCGUCAGCCAGGUGCGCCUUUCCCUGGUCUCCUGGGACGGUAGUGGAGUUGCCACCGCUCUGCUCAACACCAGCACAAUGGAAUAUGCCUUCAGCUCUCUGCUCCCUGGUCAGAUGUACACGGUGGACGUUCUAACUCAGAGUGGUAUCAGACCAGACGAGUCGCCCUCCACCAGCCACUCUGCUGGACCGCUGCAAGUCUGGACCAGAUCAGGAUCAACUGUCAGGAUCAGGAUUAACUGUCAAGAUCAGGAUCAACUGUCACGAUCAGGAUCAACUGUCACGAUCAGGAUCAACUGUCACGAUCAGGAUCAACUGUCACGAUCAGGAUCAACUGUCACGAUCAGGAUCAACUGUCAGGAUCAACUGUCACGAUCAGGAUCAACUGUCAGGAUCAACUGUCAAGAUCAGGAUCAACUGUCACGAUCAGGAUCAACUGUCACGAUCAGGAUCAACUGUCACGUCGUGCCAUUGUAUAGAACGUUCUCGGGCCGCCUUCUAUCGCCAGCGCCGUAGUAGGGCCCUAAAGGGGUGAUAAGCCCAGUCAUUCUGGACUGAGGCGAACUACUGUUUAGUCUAAAUUACACUAUAGUGCCUGGAAAUACAAUAACAUUCAAAAGUAGUCAAAUAUUUAGUAGGAUACAACUUUGCAAGUAUUAUCAUAUCGUCCAAUUUACUUUACAUCAAAAGGUUUUCCACUUUUGAUGAAAUCUUCAUUAGUGCUCCUUGACGAUGCAUUGAGUAGAAUGCUCCAUAAUGCUCCAUAAUGCUCCAUAAUGAACGUUCAAAACAAUAUUGUGACUGAACAUGCAACCUACGAAUAGAAUCGUGAGAAUCGCAAUCCAUAUUAUAUCGGCACCUACGUAGGGUGAUAAUAUCAUAUACAGUGAGGUCCCUGGCAGUAACCCGCCCUGAGGAAUUCACUACGCAUUUGUUAAUAAAGCCUCUUAAGGAUUGGACCCUUUUUCCAAUUUUCGCCUAAAAUAACAUACUCAAAUCUAACUUCCUGUAGCUCAGGACCUAAAAUGACAUA